AUGGCGGCGAUCGUGUUGAACCGACAUCGGAAUGCAACAGCGAGGAGGGAGGAUGACGAUCUCAUCAAUCCUCUCCCUCCCAAGUCAGAUCGGUUGUUUGAGGUCAUCGCGGAGAAAGAGGUUUCAUACGGGGGCAAUCCUGUUUGGCGAGAGGUUCUGUGCGUGGGAACGGCGGAGCUCCUGAUCCUCGCGAGGCCGCACGGGGAGCAUGAGAUUGAUCGGAUUCCUUUACAUGAGAUCGCAGACGUGGUAAGCAACUCAAAGGACAAGGGGGAGAUCAAGGCAGGAGAACGGCCGGUGCUCUCCUCCCUCACUUCCUUGCGCACCAACAACUUGCAAGAGCUGGAGUUGGCUCAGGGAGAGGGCGGGCAGAUGCGAGAGAAGUCCGCGAUGCUGGAUAUCAAGACUGUGCCCGAGGGAUACAACUCGGGGAGAAAGUAUCGCUUCCGAAUGGAGGAUGAGAUCAAGUGCCAGCAGCUCGUGCAGAAAUUGAAGGGAGUAGUGAGCAAGGCCAAGGAGUUAGAGGAGAGGAGAGGGAGGACCUGGUGGCAUCAGAAGGUCAAGACAGGAGCGAAGAGGCUGGCGAACAACAAGACGUUCCAGCUGCUCUUCGCUUUCGUCAUCCUCCUCAGCUUCAUCCUCGCCGUCGCUGCCGCUGAGCUCAACCCGGAGCCCGGCAGCAUCCUUAACAUCUUCUUCACCGCCAUGGACCUCGUCUUCACAGUCCUCUUCACCGCCGAGCUCCUCGUCUCCCUCGCCGCCUUCCUCUUCUCCGAAUUCUUCCAAGACCCCUGGCACGUCUUCGACCUCCUCGUCGUUAUUGGCAGCUGGUUCGGCACCUUCGCUGACAGCGUCCCUGCUCUCUAUCCCCUCCGCAUCAUCCGCAUCCUCAGGGCCGUCAAGGUACUCAAGUCCUUCCGCUCCCUCCGCGCCAUCGUAGAAGCCACCAUCGCCUCCACCAUCCCAGUUGCCAACAGCUUCCUCCUCCUAGGACUCGUCACCUGCAUCUACGCUACGCUAGCGGUGAAUCUCUUCGGCCCUGUUGACGACCAGCACUUCGGCAAGUUCUCAUCUGCCCUUUUCACCAUGUUCCAGGUCUGCACGGGAGACUCUUGGGCUGAAUCCAUCGCUCGUCCUCUCCUUUCGCACCAGCGCGCGGUCGUCGCUGUUUUCUUCGUCUCCUACAUCGUUCUCUCGAGUAUUGUCCUCAUCAACAUCGUCGUAGCCGUCCUCCUCGACGAAUUUCUCACCACCAUGACAAACGUACGGGAGGCCGAUGCCAGGAAGGAGGCCGAGCAUUCUCCUCUCUACGAGACUCACUUCCUCGAUCCUCUUUGCGAGUUUCUGUCUGACUUUCGUUCCUCCGAGCACCUUCGCUCCAUCAUCGCCGCCCUCUACAACCGCCUGGACCGCGACAUGUCAGGCGCCAUCACCUUCAAGGAGAUGCAGGAUGGUCUCGCCCUCCUCCUCCGCGGCCUCUACUUCACGCAAGAGGACUGGGAGGAGCUGACGAGGCGGCACGGGAAGGAGGAGGAGGAGGAGAUCAACCUGCAGGAGUUCGAGAGCCUCAUGCUCGAGCAGCUCGAGCUCUUCGCCCUCCGCAACCUCAACCGCGCGCAGCUCAACAGCGAGAGCUACAAGCAGGCGACCCUCUCCGUCCUCAAGUGGAUCCUCGCAAGAGACAAGAUCGCCCCUGCUCCUCCUUCCUCCUCCUGCCCCACUCCCGACGUCCUCCACCUCCUGCAGGACAUCUCUAGUCGGAUGGAGCGCAUGGAAGCAGCUCUAGGGAUCGCCGGGGGGAGGAGGGAAGAGAAGAUCAAGGAGAACGGCAUACUCAAGUCGCACGCAGAAAGCGAUUGGCAGUGA